AUUUUUUAGCUUGGGUCUCCUGUGCCGUGUGGUCCGGCAGUUGAGUGCCGUUUGGUUCAGCACUUGGGAUUUGCUGAAUCUGGCGGUCGGGUUUCGCCCGAAUCUUCGGAUGGAUUCUUGAUCUUCUUAGAAAUGGUGUUUACUGGGUGAACAGUUGUGAAGAGCGGGCUAUGCGUGUGGCCGGGCAUGAAACAGCUUUGUUUGAGGAAAGGACUUCCGUAUGGAUUGUUGCGUUUCCUGUCUAUUCCUUUCAAGACCUUGUGGGGUGCCAGUAGAUCGCUCAAAGUUACUCAAUUUUGCACUGUGUCGAGCGUGUCCUCCUCUUUACAGAUCGAAUUGGUACCAUGUCUCAAGGACAACUACGCAUAUCUUUUACAUGACGUGGAUACUGGGACAGUUGGAGUGGUUGAUCCAUCUGAAUCUCGACCUAUAAUUGAUGCUUUGAGUCGGAAAAACCGAAAUCUCAACUAUAUAUUAAAUACCCAUCAUCAUUAUGAUCAUACUGGAGGCAAUGUAGAGCUAAAAGCAAGGUACGGUGCUAAGGUGAUUGGUUCAGGAAUGGACAGGGACAGAAUACCUGGCAUAGAUAUAGCCCUCAAUGGUGGGGAUAAAUGGAUGUUCGCUGGACAUGAGGUGCUUGUGAUUGAAACUCCAGGACAUACUCGAGGCCACAUUAGUUUCUAUUUUCCUGGAUCUGGAGUAAUUUUCACUGGAGAUACAUUGUUUAGCUUAUCGUGUGGCAAGCUCUUUGAAGGGACUCCUGAACAGAUGGCGUCAUCCCUCAAAAAGAUCACAGCUUUGCCAGAUGAUACAAACAUUUAUUGUGGUCAUGAAUAUACAUUGAGUAAUUCAAAGUUUGCAUUGUCUAUAGAACCCAACAAUGAAGCACUUAAAAACUAUGCAGCGCGAGUUGCUCAUCAGCGCAGCAAAGGCGUAGCAACGAUCCCAACGACUCUAAAGAUGGAGAAAAUGUGUAAUCCAUUCCUUCGCACUUCGAGCUCGGAAAUUCGACAGUUGCUAAGUAUUCCAGCCACAGCAGACGAUGCCGAGGCAUUGGGUAUUAUUAGACAAGCAAAGGAUAAUUUUUGAGUUUGUCGAUAGCAGCUUCAGUUUUUGUAUAGAGUGAGCGUGUGAAUGCAUCCAUAAGUGGUCGUUAACCCGACGAUUGUAGCUUCAGUAUUGUGAAAUCUAAUGCUGGAUUGAUUCUUCGAGCGAUUGCUUGGUAAAGAAAGGCGUGUUGCUAUUGUGAAGAAUACUCUCUUAUACUUGAAAGUAUUAUGAGAUUUGCUUUCACGGA